UCCUGACGCUGGUUGAGGGAGGUGCUGCCGCUCUUGCUCUCUCUUCUACCUUGUUUAUAACACUAUAAUGUCGCAGGAACACUUCAAUUCACAUGGCUCCGUGGGGGCUGGAGGAGAUAGCAUCAACACACUCUCUGGAGAUCAAGAACAGCUGAUUGUUGGCCUCGAGCACCACCACUACCCUUUACCUGUUAUCCCAGCACUCUAUACUAAGCUCUUGUUGCUGGUUAUGCUGCCAGCAGGUGGUUUUCUGGUUCCAGUAUUCCAUCACUCUGGCUCAGGCACAGAUGCAUUCUCGGUGCUCCAGUACCUCCAUGUUGUCAUAUGGGCCUGUGUUAUGGUUUUGACAUGGUAUAUAAAGGCUGAACAUAAGAAGUCUCGAAUCUUCGGGUACCACGACUUCUACAACUUGACGAGGCACCUCCAUAGAAUCACAUUUUAUAUUCUUAGUGGAGGUAAUGUUAUCCUAAUUGUGGUGGGGAGCCUGGUGAAGGACUACUGUCUUGGAGACAGCAUCUCCAGUUGUAGCUUAGAGAUCUCCCUCACCCCAGUCAACUACCAGCAGAUCAUCUUUAUUAUGGAAGUCUUUUUUGCUAUACCUUUUGUCAUCAAGCACAUAGUGGAUGUUGUGCGAUUCAACGUAGCAGCUGCUCCUCCAGACACCUUGGCAGAAGAUGUUGCUUUAAGGCUCACUCAUCCUGAUUCCUAUGUGGGAGUCAGAGGUGCAAGUAAUCUUGAAUGUGUUCUUGAGCACCAGGCGGACCUAUUGCAAGUUCUUCGUCACAGGAACUCGGUGUUGACUCGGCAAGUUUACAUGCUCUCGCAGCAGAUUCAGCAGGCAUAAGUAACACUAAUUUUCAUGUCUCGUAUUUUGAGGCCAUGUUUUUAUUGUAUCUCUUAAUUGUUGUUGUUGUCAAGGAAUGCAUAAAAACUUGAUGCAGGUGAUGCCAAAAUAUAUGGAAAGAAUUUUUAUCGUUGUGAGACUCGUCAGGAGUUUAUACUUAGUGUGUUCUGUAACACUGAAUUAUAAACCACUGUCUCGUGAAAUCAUAAUAACACGAUUGCAAACAAGCCACAGAAUGUAUGGAGUUUGAACUAUGGCCUGGAGUUUUAGAACUCACUCACCAUAGGUUCAAACCCCACCUGUGUUCUGUUUCUGAGAAAGACAUUGAAUUCUUCAGAAACAGUAAUUGCUGCCCAUAUGCUUUACAUUCUUAAUUAAUAUUACCGGCACACAACAUUACUUAAUAUCUGUAAAUAUUAAAAGAUUAUUGUAAUAUUAAUAAUGAUUGAAAAAAAAUAUGUAUUUUUUUAAUGAAUUAAAUAGGUGUUGUGACUUAAUAUUAAACACCUGUAGCAUAUUUAGUGAUUGAAAUUUUGUCUUUGUAAAAGUUUUAGCAUAAAUUUUUGGAAAAUAUUUCUUGCGAAAAUUUACCAGUAAGAACGCAGCACUGUAUGACCCUUGUGGGUUUAACACUGUUUUGAUUGUAAUAAUAAUAAUAGCCAGUAAGAACAGGUAAGUCACACAUACAGAAAAUAAAGUAAUAGAAUUUAUUUUUUAUUUAUUAACAUCAGACGUUUCCCACCGAGGCAGAGUGACCUGAAAAAGAAAAACUCUUUCACCAUCAUUCACACAUAAUCACUGUCUUCACAGAGGUACCCAGAUGUGACAGUAUAGAUGUCACUCCAAACUGCCAAUAUCCAAAUCUCUCUUAAAGUGCAGACGGUCAGAUUCAAACCUAAAUUUACAGAUCUUUUCUACUUCAUAUCUUAUUUUGUGUCUCAUGUGUAAUUUACCUGUUAAUUAUUGUUUGAAACUUGAAACAUUGUGAUAGUUUUUUUUUUUUUUAAUUGUGAGAUAUUUUUUUUAGUAAGGAAAUACAAUAUUCAUUUCUGUUGUGUAUUGCAUUAUGCUAAGUGUAGCAUUUACUGCAGUAGUUGAUUUAAGGAGAAUCAUAUGUGGAGUAUUUUAACUCAUUUGUGUGCAAAAUGUUUCAUAUUGCUUAUUAGAAAAUGUUAAUGGAGGUAGAGAACUAAAAAGGCACAAUACCAUGACUGGAGCAAUAUACAAAUAACCUGCACAUAGGAGAGAGAAGAUUAUAACGUUGUUUUGGUCUGAUUUGGACCAUUUACAAGUUACACUUCCCUCCACCCUUUUGCCCCCCCCCCCUCCCCCCAUCUUGGUACAGUCCAUUACAGCUCAGAUCUUUACUCAAACUCCUCCUCCUUCCAUCUCCAAUAUUGUCUCCCAUACGACAUCUCUGAACUCCGAAACACUUGAAGCAAUCUCUGAAUAUAUUGCAGAGACUAAACCAUCAAUGGACACUGAUCCACCCUCUGUUCCUUCUCUUUCCUCUUCUCCAUCUGCGGAAUUCUUCUUCACAAUGCACCGUUCCUUCGCUACUUGAACGCUUUCCUUUGCCACCGCAUGUGGACUUUUCAAACCCUUCUAGUCCGUAGGUACCCUUACCUGCGGAUUUCAGGUAUCUUUAUCGUUGCCAAUCAUGGCCUAUUUACAGUGGAAUAUUCGCGGCCUCAGGGGUAAUCGGGGUGAGCUUCAGAUGUUGCUCUCCCAGUUUUCCCCUGUUGGUGUUUGCUUACAGGAAGCAAAAUUACACCCUGCCGUUAUCUAUCCCAUCUCAGGCUAUAAUUUAUUGUAUUCUUCAGAUCCUUUUCCUGAUGGGACCGUUAAUGAAAGUGCCCUUCUUCUACGCACUGAUAUUCCAUACCAUCAGCUAUUUGUUCGUACUUCGCUGCAUUACACAGCAGCCCAUAUCCACUUGCAUAGGUGGUAUACACUCUGUUCUUUGUAUCUCUCUCCUUCUCGGGCAUUAUCUAUCCCGGAUAUUGCUUUUCUUGUUUCGUCAUUACCGCCACCACUUCUGUUACUUGGCGAUUUAUUUUUUUUUAUUAUUAUUAUUAUUAUCACACUGGCCGAUUCCCACCAAGGCAGGGUGGCCCGAAAAAGAAAAACUUUCACCAUCAUUCACUCCAUCACUGUCUUGCCAGAAGGGUGCUUUACACUACAGUUUUUAAACUGCAAUAUUAACACCCCUCCUUCAGAGUGCAGGCACUGUACUUCCCAUCUCCAGGACUCAAGUCCGGCCUGCCAGUUUCCCUGAACCCCUUCAUAAAUGUUACUUUGCUCACACUCCAACAGCACGUCAAGUAUUAAAAACCAUUUGUCUCCAUUCACUCCUAUCAGACACGCUCACGCAUGCCUGCUGGAAGUCCAAGCCCCUCGCACACAAAACCUCCUU